AUGACAUGCCGCCGUGGAACCAUGAGGUCAUUACGACCAAUGUUUUUCAAACUUUCAGCAUUAACACAAAAAGCUUUUAUUCCUCAAGUAGACGCUACAAAGCCUCCGGCCACUCCAAAGCCUCAGGAAUCUGCUAAGCCUCAGGCCACUCCAAAGCCUGGCGCAGGUGAAACUAAAAAACCGGAUCCUGAAAAAGCUGCCAAGGCUGACAAAGCUCUCAAAGGCGUUUCGGAAGGUUUGAAAGCUGGUGGCCUUGGCGGACCUGGUGCCAUUGUCGGAUCUGUUGGCGCCGGCAUCAGUGGUGGGGGUGCUGGGGGCGGUGGGGCUGCUGGAGGUGGUGGAAGGGCUGGGGGUGGAGGGGCUGGGAAACGCAGUAAACGAAACGCAAUUGUUUUAUGA